AUGGCCGUCCCGGACGUCGCUGCAAAGCCCCUUCCGCCGCCCGCCAAGGACGAAAAGCUGCCCUCUAUACCACCGCUCGACUUCGACGACCGUGUCCUGCCAGCGACACCCCCAAAGAUUGUUCAUGAUCCUGCCCCCGACGUCCCUCCAACUCACAAGCCGCUGCCCCCCAUCGAUGUCAAGGCUUCUCUUGGCACCUCCGACCUCUCUCUCGGUUCUGCUCCCCUCACGCCCAUAACACCUGCUCCGGGGUCGCUACCGUCCAUCCCCCCUUCGCCCUCUUCCGAAGGCAGAUCGAAGAAGGCCAACCCGCUCACAGACCUGAUUGACACCGAGAAGGUAUAUGUGGAUCUACUCACAGGAAUCAUCCGCAAAGUCGCCGCGGCAUGGUCGCGCUCCAAUCUCCCACCGCCCGAAUUGGAUACCAUGUUUAGAAGCAUAGAGAGCAUCUACAAAGCCAAUCGCGCCUUGCUUGGGAAACUCAAGGAAAUCGGCACCAACCCCUCCUCGCCCAAGGCGCUCGGUGAUCUGCUCAUGCGAUGGAUCGACGAUCUGGACGGCCCCUACACCAACUAUGUCGCGAAGUUCUGCGGCGGCUUCGACACCUGGGAUCCCGUCCAGUCCAACGCGCGCGUCCGCACCAUCCUCGCGAUGUUUUCGUCGUCCAAUCCUCCGCCACUACCCGCGACCGCGCCGGCACAUCCAUCAGAGCCGCCUAUUUGGACCCUUGAUGAGCUGUUCCUGUUACCCAGGCGCCGCAUCAAGUAUUACAAGAAGCUGUACGGUCGUCUACUGAAGAGCACCACCCCUGGGCGCAGUGACCACCGGUUGCUGAGCGGCGCGCUUGACAAGCUUGACAAGCUCUUGGUGACCCUCGACGCCCGCACGGAGGUACGCGUCGGAGGCGGCGCUCCGCCGCCUGUUGCCGCGGUAUCACCACCGCCCAUUGAAACCGAGGAUGAAGUCGUGAUUGACAUGCGUAUGCGUCAAAGCACGCUGGUCCCUCAGCCGCGCGAGCCGUCUACCAUCAGCGUAUCGCCUUCCCAGCGUGCGAGUGAUUCUACCCGUGCAAGUGGAAGCCUUUCGAGCAGUGGGAGAAGGUCGGAGGACACUGCCCCAACCACGGAUAGCAGGGAUUCGACCUCGACACUCAAUGCGCCAGUUACGGACCUCGAGCGGCGCCUUUCUACUGAACGUACGUUAGAUAUCUUCUCGAUGAAGCCCAAGCAAGUCCGGCUACAAAUAGCCCCUCCGAACCUACAUUAUACCCGAGAGCUGCGCUGCUCUACCCCGGUAGUGAUCUCCUUCACGCCGCAUGCGACAGGGAUCGAGGUUGUUCAGGAACGUGGGCAUAUACUUCUGCUCACCGACCUCAUGCUCGUAUGCGAGCGCAUGUCUGAGAAGGAGAGGGAGGUCGCAGGUCGCGAUGGACCAGACAUGUGGCUGCUAUACCCGCCUCUCACUGGCAAACAUCUGCGCGUAGCGCCCGUAGAUGAUUAUUCGCUGUCCGUCACCAUCUUACGCAAGGAGUCGUUAAUUCUACGCACGGACUCCACGUCCGCCCGCGACCGGCUCAUCACGGAUUUCAGGGAAUGCAUUGACACAGCAUCCAACCUGCUCCCUCCAUCUAAAGGCCCUCCGCCGCCAGUCCCUGCGUUACCAUCUCCGGUAAACAACAUGGGCAACAUUGCAUCAAGACCGCCGAUAGCUCCGCGCGACCGAAGCCAGACGUCCUCGGAGGUUCCGUCCGAACGGUCCAGCGCGAGCAUGAGCCCUUCGCGCGCUUUGUCCCCCGCCAGCGUCACUUCCUCGCGUCGCUCCAACGAUCCGAUGUCGGGUCCGCCGUCACGAGCCAACUCCGCGUCGAUGGCGCUCGCCGACGCCGCCCUCUCAGGAAGCUUGUCGAGGAUGGACAUGGGCGGUCCUGUCCAGCAGGGAUACCCCCAGCGCUCAACGUCGGUGAACUCGGGUGGCGGCCCUCCGCCAUCCUUUGGCCCCGGCCAGGUUAUGCCGCCUCAGAAUUUCGGCCCAGGGCAGACCAUGCCGCCACGGGGACCUGUUGGACCAGGACAGAUGAUGCCGCCACAAUCCUUCCAGCCAGGCCAGGUCAUGCCUCCACAACAGUAUGGUCCUGGUCCGGGCAUGCCGAUGAAUGGUCCUGGUGGAAUGGGGCGUCCACCGCCCUCUGCAUACGGCCAGCCAAUGCCGCCACAACGCAACCCGAGCUUGACACACGGUCCGCCCCAGGUCGGGCAGUCGUAUCAGGGAGGGCCGCCACAAGUUGGGCAAUCGUACCAAGGAAUGCCGCCACAGCAACGCGGGCCACCGCAAGGGUUUGCGCCCGGUCCUCGACCAGGCAUGGGGCCCGGUUCAUACCCGCCGCCCCGCCCGCCUUCCGAGCCUGCCUACGAGAGUGGUCUGCGGCACUCACCCUCAGGGCGCUCGCUCGCGUCGCAGUACGAUCGACAGCAGCAGUUCUCGUCUCCUCCGCCGAUGCCGGGCUACCCUGGCGAUCUGCCCCCGCCCCGUCCCGGCUUCCUACCGAGGAGCGACUCUUCUAGCUCGCUCCCGUCCAUGCCGAGCGCAGGGCUGCAUGCACCGCAACCCCGCACGCUGCUGCCCUCCGCGCAGAUCAGCAUGCGUUCUGUGUCGACCGCGGGGUCGUUUUCGAUCGAGGAGCCGAGUCCGCCUGGGUCGCCUGUGGAGGCAGCGCGCCCGACGGGCCCGGUGACCUCUGUGAUCUCCGCGCAGAUGAAGUGCAAGGUGUUCCUGAAGCGCGAGCACGCGCAGUGGAAGUCCUUGGGCAGCGCGCGCCUGCGGCUGUACCGCGAGGACCCGACGAACAUCAAGCAGCUCGUCGUCGAGGCGGACGACAAGAACAAGACGGUGCUCAUCUCGACGAUCGUGCUCACGGACGGCGUCGAGCGCGUCGGGAAGACCGGCAUCGCGAUCGAGCUCAGCGACAAGGGCCUCCGCACGGGCAUCGUGUACAUGCUGCAGCUCCGGAACGAGAAGAGCGCGAGCGGGCUGUUCGACGAGCUCCUCGCCGGCUCGGAUCGCGCGGCGCGGUAGACCGCUGCGCACGUCUCUCACACCGUUCACUUAGGACACAUGCGAGGUAGCGCGGACUCGCGGCUCUUGGUUUGGCUUCUCUUUCGGUCGUUCCGAUAAUCUCACUUCACGCUGGACCCGUUUCCAUACCACGCACACAUCCUAGCUGGAUCGUUCGGCCCCUCCACUGAUUGUUUCACCCCCGUCUCGUCGUCGCAGUCCACGCCCACAUUACCCUAGCCUCGUCUAUUAGCAUAUAUCUCUCCGUCUCCCUCGUUCCUCUCCUUCGCUCUUCACACGGCUGUAGCCCCCAAUGCUCC